AGUGGUAGAGGAGGGCUAGGCUGGGAGGGAACGCGAGCAGAGGGAGGCAGUCCGUCCUCCCACCGAGCCUGCAAGGAUGCGGCAGGGGGUCGGGGGCAUGGGGAGGCACUAACCCCCCAGCCCCUUAUCCAGGUUUGCGGACCCGGCCCGCGGGUCAAUUUCCUGCCAAAUACAGCUGAGGAGCAGAAGCGCCCAGAAAGCGAAGAGAGGGGCACUCGGGGUGCCCAACCUCGAAAUCCGUCCCUCUGCGAAUCCGGGAAGAGAGCAGGGACUCAGUGAGUGGUGAGAAGCAAAACCUACCUCCAGACUAGAUCUGGAGGUUCAGAAAGACUGAGGCGCUCUGCGCCAUCGUCUUCAAUGCCUCUGUGAGCAGCCUUUUGGAAGAGUGUGAGAGAAAGAGAGUGCGCUCCAGGGAGAGGAGAAAAGAAGAUGAGGAUUAUUUGCAGACAGAUUGUCUUGUUAUUUUCUGGCUUUUGGGGACUCGCCAUGGGAGCCUUUCCGAGCAGCGUGCAAAUAGGUGGUCUCUUCAUCCGAAACACAGAUCAGGAAUACACUGCUUUUCGAUUAGCAAUUUUUCUUCAUAACACCAGUCCCAAUGCGUCGGAAGCUCCUUUUAAUUUGGUACCUCACGUGGACAACAUUGAGACAGCCAACAGUUUUGCUGUAACAAAUGCCUUUUGUUCCCAAUAUUCUAGAGGAGUUUUUGCCAUUUUUGGACUCUAUGAUAAGAGGUCUGUACAUACCUUGACGUCAUUCUGCAGCGCCUUACACAUCUCCCUCAUUACACCAAGUUUCCCUACGGAGGGGGAGAGCCAGUUUGUGCUGCAGUUACGACCUUCCUUACGAGGAGCACUCUUGAGUCUGCUGGAUCACUAUGAGUGGAACUGUUUUGUCUUCCUGUACGACACAGACAGGGGAUACUCGAUACUGCAAGCUAUUAUGGAAAAAGCAGGACAAAACGGUUGGCAUGUCAGUGCUAUAUGUGUGGAAAACUUUAAUGACGUCAGCUAUAGACAACUUCUAGAAGAACUUGAUAGAAGGCAAGAGAAGAAAUUUGUAAUAGACUGUGAGAUAGAAAGGCUUCAAAAUAUAUUAGAGCAGAUUGUAAGUGUUGGGAAGCAUGUUAAAGGCUACCAUUAUAUCAUUGCAAAUUUGGGAUUCAAGGAUAUUUCCCUUGAGAGAUUUAUACAUGGGGGAGCCAAUGUUACAGGAUUCCAACUGGUGGAUUUUAACACACCUAUGGUGACCAAACUAAUGGAUAGAUGGAAGAAACUAGAUCAGAGAGAAUAUCCAGGAUCUGAGACACCGCCAAAGUACACCUCUGCCCUGACUUAUGACGGAGUCCUUGUGAUGGCUGAAACUUUCCGAAAUCUUAGAAGGCAAAAAAUUGAUAUUUCAAGAAGAGGAAAUGCUGGGGAUUGUCUGGCAAAUCCUGCUGCUCCCUGGGGCCAGGGGAUUGACAUGGAAAGGACUCUCAAACAGGUUCGCAUUCAAGGACUUACAGGGAAUGUUCAGUUUGACCACUAUGGACGAAGAGUCAAUUACACAAUGGAUGUGUUUGAGUUAAAGAGCACAGGGCCUAGGAAGGUUGGUUACUGGAAUGAUAUGGAUAAGUUGGUCUUGAUUCAAGAUGUACCCACUCUUGGCAACGACACAGCAGCUAUUGAAAACAGAACAGUAGUUGUCACUACAAUUAUGGAAUCCCCAUAUGUUAUGUACAAGAAGAAUCACGAAAUGUUUGAAGGAAAUGACAAGUAUGAAGGCUACUGUGUAGAUUUGGCAUCUGAAAUUGCAAAACAUAUUGGUAUCAAGUAUAAAAUUGCCAUUGUCCCUGAUGGAAAAUAUGGAGCAAGGGAUGCAGACACAAAAAUCUGGAAUGGGAUGGUAGGAGAGCUUGUAUAUGGGAAAGCAGAGAUUGCUAUUGCUCCUUUGACAAUCACUUUGGUUCGAGAGGAGGUCAUUGACUUCUCUAAGCCCUUCAUGAGUUUGGGGAUCUCUAUUAUGAUCAAAAAGCCUCAGAAAUCUAAACCAGGAGUGUUUUCCUUCUUGGAUCCUCUGGCCUAUGAGAUCUGGAUGUGCAUAGUCUUUGCCUACAUUGGGGUCAGCGUGGUCUUGUUCCUAGUUAGUAGGUUUAGUCCAUAUGAGUGGCACACGGAAGAGCCAGAGGAUGGAAAGGAAGGACCAAGUGACCAGCCUCCCAAUGAGUUUGGCAUCUUUAACAGCCUCUGGUUUUCCCUGGGUGCUUUUAUGCAGCAAGGAUGUGACAUUUCACCCAGAUCCCUCUCAGGUCGAAUUGUUGGAGGCGUUUGGUGGUUCUUUACACUCAUCAUUAUAUCAUCUUAUACUGCUAACCUCGCUGCUUUCCUGACCGUUGAGCGAAUGGUCUCCCCCAUAGAAAGUGCAGAAGACCUGGCCAAACAAACAGAAAUCGCCUAUGGAACAUUGGAUUCAGGGUCAACAAAGGAAUUCUUCAGAAGAUCAAAAAUAGCAGUGUAUGAAAAGAUGUGGACCUACAUGCGAUCAGCAGAGCCAUCAGUAUUCACUAGGACUACAGCUGAGGGAGUAGCUCGUGUCCGCAAAUCCAAGGGCAAAUUUGCCUUUCUCCUGGAGUCCACUAUGAAUGAAUACAUUGAGCAGCGAAAGCCAUGUGACACGAUGAAAGUGGGAGGAAAUCUGGAUUCCAAAGGCUAUGGAGUAGCAACGCCCAAGGGUUCCUCAUUAAGAAAUGCUGUUAACCUCGCAGUUUUAAAACUGAAUGAACAAGGCCUCUUGGACAAAUUGAAAAACAAAUGGUGGUACGACAAAGGAGAAUGUGGCAGCGGGGGAGGUGACUCCAAGGACAAGACGAGUGCCUUGAGCCUAAGCAACGUAGCAGGCGUCUUCUACAUUCUGGUUGGCGGCUUGGGCUUGGCAAUGCUGGUGGCUUUGGUAGAGUUCUGUUACAAGUCCAGGGCAGAAGCGAAGAGAAUGAAGGUGGCAAAGAGUGCACAGACUUUUAACCCAACUUCCUCGCAGAGUACCCAGAAUUUAGCAACCUAUAGAGAAGGUUACAACGUAUAUGGAACCGAAAGUAUUAAAAUUUAGGGCUGACCUUUUCUGAAGCCAUAAGAAACAAAGCCAGAUUAUCCAUCACUGGGAGUGUGGGAGAAAACGGCCGCGUCUUGACGCCUGACUGCCCAAAGGCUGUACACACUGGAACUGCAAUUAGACAAAGUUCAGGAUUGGCUGUCAUUGCAUCGGACCUACCAUAAAAACCAAAAAAAUAAUUGAGUGCCUUAAUUAAACUGUUGGUGACUGAUGGAAACGCAGCCCCGAGGGACACACCGAGCGCGCAUCUUUGUGAAACCAAUCUUUUGGCUGAGAGCAGAAAGUACGUCCUACUGCGCCGGACAUCAGCAGCAGCAACAUGUGCAUGAGCUCAGCUCGGAAACCCAAACUCAGAUUUUAUAUCAGGAGAAUUCACAAUUUAGGUUUUUUCGGGGAAUGGGGCGGGGGGGGUGGGGAGGCUGGGAUGGGUAUAUUAACAGCAACAAAUUUCACUCGAGUGAACUUAAAAACUAAUCAGACUUGCGAGUUAGCGCAUUAAACUGUGAAGUUCUUGCUCAGAAAGGCCUUUGCCGUCCCGCAAGGGGUAAAAUAGUAAUAGAACUCAAUGAACCUGCUAACCUGUAUCUGCAGAACACCCAUAUAUUCAAUGGAAGGAUAUCCAACAGAGAAAACAAGUCACUAAACUGUGAUAAGAAAAUAAUAAACAUGUAAAUCCUGUGAAAAAAAAAUUUUAAGAAAGUAUUUACACUUACUUUGGAGAAAACAAAUACUGAAACAUGCUUGCUUUUUAACUGACGUAAAUUCAGUAGAGGACAACACAAUUCUUUUUUCUAACCAUCUUAGGGAACAAUACAUUGCAAUAAUUGAUAUAAAUGCCAUCACUGUAAUAAACUUUACAAGACUUUUUUUUAAUAUAUAUAUAUAAAAGUUGUUGGUCAUCCUCUUGUUUGCUGUAACCUUCACUUUGUUACAUGAGUCCGUGUCCACACAUUGCAUUUGUCUCACUCCCAGGAACAAAAACAAAAAGAAGAAAAUGUUAACCUAAAAUCAUCAGUCUGCAAUGUAGAAAGUCAAAAGAGACUACGGGUCACUCAUGUUAUCAAUAUUAUUUAUAAUCUUGUUCUGUGUACAAAAUUGUGGUUUUUGUACCCACCAAAAAGAAUAAAAACAACAGACGUUCUUACACUAUCUAUAGAGCUUAAAAUUUUUUUCUUAUCAUUAUGAAAGUUAUUUGAGAAAUUAUGGAACUAUAAGCAGGUUUGCUGGUAAAAGACGUGGGCCAUGUUGAAAAAUACAGCUAGUCAUUAUUUUUGCAUACUAAACUACUCUUCUUUUGUAGACCUUUGUCUUGUUAGCAGGUUAAAUGAUCAGAUGGAGUCUUUGAUUUGGGAAAUCAGUCAUUAUCUUAACAGUAUCAUACCCUGUAAUUGUGUAUUGAAAUUUUACUUGACUGUAUUUUGCUGCAUAAAAUUAUAUGUCUCUUGGGCUUCUCCCUCUAGUCCUAAUUCAUUUGAAGGCAUUAAGAAUAGUUUUGGGUAGACACCAAAUGAAGAAUUAGUCUUUGUUCUCAAAUGGAAAGUGUGGGGAAAAAUUAUACCAAUGUUUAUUUAUAAUAAAUACCUUAUGUUAUGUAUGGUCUAAAUUUGCAUGGGUCAAAGGAAGGUCUGGUUCCUUUGAAAUAGUAAGUGCUAUAAUAGUAAAAUAAAUAAAUAAAUAAAUUACCCACAGUACUUAGGGAUCUUGAUAGAAAGCACAAGGUAGAAUGAUUGUGGAAGUCUGGCCUUGAAGGAUGAAUUGAGUUUUAGCAGGUGUCCCAGGGUCAUAGCAACCCUGCAUGUCAAUGGCUUACAUAAGGAAUGCAUACAACUGGAUGGGCAGGUGAAAGCAUAAGUUAAUAUCAAGGGAUAUAAAGUAAGAAAAAUUGAAAGACUUGUCUCUUAGACUCAAUUCUUGAUAUCUGCACCUCACCCAUUGAAUCUUUGUGCUGCAGUAAGAGUGAUCUUAAAAAGUAAAAAUCUGAUAAUCCACACAAACAAGUCCCUCAGGGAAACUCCCAGCUCUUGAACUGAGCAUAUGAGACCCUUCAUGAGCUGGCCCUGUGUAUCUCUUACAGAACAUCUCUUACCUGUCCCCAACACCUCCACCAAGUGAACCUCAGAAGCAGCACAUGAGACACUGCAUAUACUAUUUCCUCAGUCUGUAACAGUCUAUCUCCUCUCUACCUGAUUAACUUGUAUUCAUCCUUCAGUACUCAAAUCAACUUUGACUUGCCCUAGGAAGAUUUCUGUGACUAUCCAUCAUCCCCUGCCUAUGAGACUGACUUAGGUGCCCUUCUUAAUGUCUUUUCCCAUCAUAGCACUUACCAUACUGCAUCGUAAUUGCCUGUGUACUUGUUUGUAUAAUUACUAGACUGUAAGCUCCUUGAGGGCAGGGAUUGUGUCUGUUUUGUUCACAGUUGUAUCCCCAGCACCCAGCACAGUGCCUGGCAUAUUGUAGGUGCUUAAUAAAUAUUUGUUGAAUGAA